GGAAAGCAAUCUUGACGACCGCAACCUCAGAAAGCAAUUGGUCACUGCCCCGCCCUUUCCUUUCCAGCCGCAUGCCUACUCCGUACUGUGCUUGGUACCUCAAUGAAGUGACUAAUUGCCUGUAGAGUAUCUUAGGUAUGUACCUUAGGCACCUUAGGUAGGUAAAAAUUAUCUUCACCUUGGGCAGGGAACGGCAUGCCGGGUUCUUCGCACCGAUGUCCCCAUCAAUGCCGACUCAGAAGUCCCAAUUCAUCAUCAAACGACAGCAGACAGCACAUAGAGCAAUACCGGUUACGGCGCGGCCGCUAGCAGAAUGGCAGCUGGGCAAGCAUCGACUAAAGGGAGCACCAAGACCAGGGUACCAGAGCGCAAGCCCCGCAAAUCCAGUGCAAGUCGCGGCGACGCGAUCAUACACACCGCCGAUGCUGCCGUUGAUGCCACCGAUUCGCCCGAGCCCCCAGAUUCUCCGGUCCCGGAAGAUGACGACAGGCAGACACCAAGUCCGCGGCUGCAGCACGCGCGCAGGCGACAGAACCGCGUCGGAAAGAGGUACCGCGACAAGCUCACUGCUUGUUUCGAGACCUUGCAGGCAACACUUGGCGUCGACGAGGUUGAGGCGCGUGUGGAUGGUUCCAUCGAUGGAAAACAGCACGGGAUAUCAGAGGGGCGGCGAGGUAAAACCCGAGCACGGCGCCGGCCUCUCAACAAGGCAGAAGUCCUCGAUCUAACGUGCGAGCGCGUCAAAACCCUGCUGCAGGAGUGGGAGGCAGUGAAAGCUGCGAGAGAGGCAAUGCAGACGCAGAGGGAGGCAGAAGGAUGGUAACCGCGUCGGCGACACCUCAUGGGCGCUGAUCGGGUGAUUCAGAAUUGUACCGCAAGUUGGACAUCUUCCACGGCAAGAACUGUCCCGUACGAUGGCGCGAUUCAGAUUGAUUCAUCGGGUUUUCCACUUCUCAGAACUACCCAUCUCACCUUGAAUAAUUACUCUCGUCCUGGGGUUUACGGGACCUUGGGUUCGCAGCCCAAAUAAUAGGAGUAAUGAGGCGCGGAAUGGAGUACCAGUUUCAUGAUCCCGCCACUCCGAGAGAUG